AUGUAUAUGACUCGCUGUGGUAGAUCUGCUGCUCGCUUGCUCCCCCUUGGGAGCUCCCGGGCAGCCAUUGUCUCCGCUCGCACCUCUAUCGUGCCCAGAUUGGUCCCUCAAUCGCGGGGAGUCGCAUCAUCCACUCGCGAUACACAGCAAAAGCUUCUCUCAGCCUCCCUGAAGGAUUCCGAUCCCGCCGUUUACCAGAUUCUGCAGAAGGAGAAACAACGCCAAAAGCACUUCAUCAACUUGAUUCCUUCUGAGAACUUCACUUCCCAAGCUGUUCUCGAUGCCCUCGGCAGUGUUAUGCAAAAUAAAUACUCCGAGGGAUACCCCGGUGCUCGCUACUAUGGUGGAAAUGAACACAUCGAUGCUUCUGAGCGGUUGUGUCAGCAGCGUGCUUUGGAGACCUUCCGUCUGAACCCCGAGGAAUGGGGAGUGAACGUACAGCCUUUGUCUGGCUCACCUGCCAACCUUAUGGCCUACUCCGCCCUCCUCAACACCCACGAUCGCCUCAUGGGCUUGGACCUUCCCCACGGUGGCCACCUGUCCCACGGUUAUCAGACUCCUACCAAAAAGAUCUCAGCCAUCUCUAAAUACUUCGAGACCUUGCCCUACCGCCUCGACGAGUCGACUGGUCUGAUUGACUACGAUGCUUUGGAGAAGUCGGCCGCCCUGUACCGUCCUAAGUUGAUUGUUGCCGGUACCUCGGCCUACAGCCGUCUGAUUGACUACCCGCGUAUGCGCGCGAUCGCCGACUCCGUGGGUGCCUACUUGCUGACCGAUAUGGCCCACAUCUCGGGUCUCGUGGCUGCCAACGUCCUUCCAUCUCCCUUCCCUUACUCUGAUGUCGUGACCACCACCACCCACAAGUCUCUACGCGGCCCCCGUGGCGCUAUGAUCUUCUACCGCAAAGGUGUGCGUAGCACCGACAAGAAGGGCAACCCCAUCAUGUACGAUCUGGAAAACCCCAUCAAUGCAUCCGUUUUCCCGGGCCACCAGGGUGGUCCUCACAACCAUACCAUCACCGCUCUCUCUGUGGCCCUGAAGCAGGCUCAGUCACCCGACUUCGAGGCCUACCAGAAGACAGUUCUUCUCAAUGCCUCUGCUCUGGCCGAGCGUCUGGGUGCUUCCACCAACAACGGUGGACUUGGAUACAACAUUGUGUCUGGCGGCACUGAUAACCACCUUGUGCUUGUGGACCUGAAGAACCGCGGCGUGGAUGGUGCUCGCGUUGAGCGCGUUCUCGAGCUCUGUGGUGUUGCUAGCAACAAGAACACCGUGCCUGGUGACAAGUCCGCCCUCAAGCCCGGCGGUCUGCGUCUGGGAACCCCCGCCAUGACCUCUCGUGGCUUCCAGCCCGAGGACUUCAGCCGCGUCGCCGAAAUUGUCGAUCGCGCGGUUAUCAUCACCCAGAAACUGGAUAAGGCUGCCCGUGAGUCGGCCGAGUCCCGUGGUGUCAAGAACCCGGGCACUGUCAAGGCUUUCCUGGAGUACCUGGGUGAGGGUGAGGAGAUCUCCGACAUUGUUCUGCUCCGCCAAGAGGUUGAGGACUGGGUUGGUACGUUCAGCUUGCCGUGGGCCGAGGAGCAGUAG